AUGGUAGCGUUGCAUCCGGGGAUAGUCGACGAAACAGUAUGGUCGACGCAUGUGGGCGAUUUUGUAGUCAACCUACUAAUGGGGCUCCAGAGGUAUGUUUUUUGGCCCUAUAGGGCAGAAAAAUUCGGAGGAAUCCCGUUUAAAAAUGAGUUUUUACAGCUGCUAAUCGCGCUAUGCUACGAUACUGAUCAUGGAUGUUUAACGGUCGGUAUCGAACGAGGAUCGUCACUUGGUGAUAAAUGUAGACCACCAGACACCUUUAUCAAAAUUGUCGCUUUGGGAGAAUUCGGUAAUGAACUGUGGCGCCAGAAAACUGAACUAGUCAAAGGCACAUCGGAACCACAGUUUGAUCACUCGGCCAGCAUUCAGGUGUGGUUUUUUGCAAAGCUUCUAUGUGGAAUCUUUUAGCG